AUGGUAGGUCUGCUAGCAUCGUAUGUAUCUGGUGUUGUAUGGGAGCCGAUUCAGCGUUCACUUCCAAAGGUAGCCUACGCCCUGAAGUUGUCUCAACUAAAAGAUGAACUGGUGGAACAAUUUGGGCGUUUGGAUAGCCUAUUGAAUGUGGACAAUGCCAAACUAGCGGAGCUGGCUAAAUUGCGAAAUGAACUUAAUGAUCUACGCAAUCAGUUUUCCGAAGGAAGAGCCUCGGACUAUUUAACUGUGCUGAACGAGAAUAUCCGGGGUCGUCGAACUGUUGACAUGGGUGGAAUCAAGAUCGUCCGCUUAGAUGAUGACCAACCACUUGAGAGAUAUACGCUCACGGCGUCCACUAUUGAAUACUUGAAGAAACCCAGCUUUGAUAUUUGGCACUGGGAACCAAACGAGAUGCUAGCUUUGCUGGAACACAUGUACAAUGAAUUGGGGUUGGUAGAAGAAUUCAGGAUAAACCCGCUGACAUUAAAGCGGUGGUUGCUUUCAAUACAAGCCAACUACCGAAACAAUCCUUUUCACAAUUUCCGCCAUUGUUUUUGUGUCGCACAAAUGAUGUACGGAAUGUUGUAUUUAUGCGGCUUGAACAAGAUCUUCUCACGAGAGGAGCUCGGUGCUUUGCUCACAGCAUCCAUCUGCCAUGAUUUGGACCAUCCAGGUUAUAAUAACUCUUAUCAGAUAAAUGCAAGGACAGAAUUGGCCAUUAGAUACAACGACAUCUCACCACUGGAAAACCAUCACUGUGCUGUGGCGUUCAACAUUCUCAACCAUCCUGAGACGAAUAUAUUUGCCAACGUCAGCCAGGAUGUGUUCCGCCGCAUUCGUCAAAGCAUGACUGCCCUGAUUCUGUCAACUGACAUGGCCAGACAUGGAGAAAUUUUGGAUGCUAUGCAGAGAUAUAUAGAAGGAGGCUUCAGUUGGGACAAGAAAGAACAUCGUGAUACUCUCAAAAUGCUGCUCAUCAAAUGUUGCGAUAUCUCCAAUGAAGUGCGUCCGUUGUCAGUGAGCGAGCCAUGGGUGGACUGUUUACUGGAGGAAUAUUUUCAGCAGUCUGACCGGGAGAAGGUGGAGGGGUUACCGGUUGCUCCGUUCAUGGAUCGUGACAAAGUUACCAAGUCGUCGGCCCAGAUCGGUUUCAUCAAGUUUGUCCUAAUCCCAAUGUUUCAGACUGUGGCCAAGGUAAGCAAACAUGUGUGCAUAAACGUUUAUUCCAAGCCACUGCACUCAUCCAGCUAG